AUGAAGGUUUUGGUAUUAAAAAGCCCCAAACCAACCAAAAACUCCAAGCAAACAAGCUCUUUUCUAGGAAGACGACUUUUUAAAAGGCAGGAGAACCCCUUUACUUCAAGUCACUUCAUCAGCAGGAGUGACAGAGGGAGGCGAGAGGUGAAACCCCCGGGUAUUGCUGCUGUGUGCCUCGUUGGAUGCCAGUGUCUCCCGGCGCUGGCAGCAGGCACAGAUGUUGUGUGGCAGCCAGGCGGAGCUCGGCCCGGGACAGCGCGAAUCCAGUGUGUGCCUCUGCACGGACAGACGGGCGCAGUAUCUCCCAGCUGGCAGGACUCACAAAGCGCUGGGCUUGGCAUUCGCAGCCAGUCAGGCGUAAAAACCAACAAAAACGACAACAAUCAAACCAAAACCCAUCGCACCACCGCUGCUGGCGCGGCGGUCCCUCCCCCUGCGCGGACAUCGCUCCCCUCUCGCUCGGCAGCGCAGGGAGCGGGUCCCUGCCCGGCUGCCCACGGGAGGGACACGGAUGGAGCUCCAACACCUCCUGCCGCUCCAACCUUCCCCGCUCCGCCUCCCCGAGCGCUCUGCUCCCCUUCCUGCCCGCGGCGGGCGGCGGCUCCUCCCCGGGGGCGGAGGGAAGGAGGGAGGGAGGGAGGUAGGGAGGUGUUCGCCGCCUCCUCCUCCCGCCGCCGGGACUCGGUGUCGGGCGGCUGCCGGCGGCGCCUCCCGUCCCGUGCCCGUCCCGUCCCGGCGAUGUCCGGCGGGGGCAGCCGGCGGCGGGCCGGCCCCUCCUGGCACAGCACUUUUUCCCGCUUCUUCUCCCGGAGCCCACCCGGCGAGGGGGCGGCGAGCAGUUCUGAAAACAAAGGGAGUGAAGCCAUAAAUUUAAAGAGCAACCAAAAGGAAAGCACAACUCUGCCUGCACUUUUGAAGGCUUGUCAAAAUGAAGAGAAGAACCAUUCCACAGAAGAACUUCGCAAGUCUGAAAUCCAGGAGGAACUGAAAAAAGCUAAUAGCCUUCCUAGUUUGACUCCUGGAACCAAAACAGCAGAUAAAGACAAGCAACCCCGAGAAGGUUUUUUUCAUUUCCUUGGAAGCUUAUUUAAUAUUGCAACAAAAUCUUCUUUGGUGGAAUCUAAAUCCUCUACCUUCCAAGAUGAACCCAACAGAUGUGAAAAGGAUUUACGGAACACAAAUACUUUUCCAAAGGAUGUGCAGCCAAAGCAUCCGAAAAUUGAGGAGCCUCUCUGUUCUACAGCCAGGAUAAAAGAAGAUUCUGUAAAUAAAGGGACUGCCACCUUAAACAAUAUUGGGAGAGAUAUCUCACAGGAUCUGCAAGGAGGCUGGAAACAAGCUGCAGAUACACAGAAGCAGACGCGACGGAAGGCAGAAGCACCCGCGAUCACUUAUGCAACGUAUCGAGGUUCUGCAAGGAUCAGGCAGCUGCUGAGGAGUCAAUCAGAAACUACUGGGAGAGGAGGAGAAAAUCCUGAGAAUAGAAAUGUUUCAAUGGUCAAAGAAAAUGGAGAAAUCCAAAGAACUCCCUCUCUGAAAUCAGGAGGAGAUGAGGGUGAAGAUCACCAAGGUGAUGCCGUAUUAAAUCCUUCUGCGGUUAGAGGGGGAAGCAAACAGUCUGGUAAAGCUCGGCAUUGGUUGGGUAGAAGUAAACGUGAAGUAACUGCAAAGGCCACAACUUCAUCCACUGAAUCCUGUCAUGAGCCAGACUUGAGACAUGAACGUGCUUUAGCUGCAGCAAAAGUUAAAAGGACGUAUUCACUAGAUUCAUUAUUGUCAUUUAGCAGUAGAAACGGUGAGAUCCCGACCAGUUCCACUUCCCGGGUUACUCCUUCCCUCAAAGUGAGUUCUGCAAAUGAUUUGACUGGAAAAGAAGAUGGACUGCCAGGAGAAGCAGAAGCUCUGUUUCAGACAAACAAAAAUGACACUUUUAACUUUGAUAAAGAAAACAAUUGUAGUAAAGCAGCUAAUAAUAAGGAGUCCCCGAAAGAAAUACAGGAUGAUUGUUUACAUUCACCCAAGUCAAUAAGUAAGACAUUUAAUGAAGAACUACAGGUGAGUAAGGGAGGAUUUUGCUGUAAUCAUCAAAUGGAGAAUCACUCUGAGCAAUUGCUGGGUGUCCAGGUGCUUCAUUUCAGUACCACUACAUUUCAGCAGGAAGCAGAUCAGCAAACUGGUAGUGCAAACAAAGACAGUGAUCCAAGCAGAAGUGAUACACAGAAAAUUGUGGCAACUGUAGAAAGAGAGCAAAAUCCACAGGACUUUCCUGCUACUGUUCUUUUACCUUUUAAUGAACAAAUACCCCCUUCACUUAGCAUGGAAUCCAACGGAGAAAAGUGCAUGGCCACGGGUGAUCUAAGGACUUCAGUGUCAUCUAUUGGACAUGAUGAAGGCAGAGUCAUGGGCAGGGAGACUUGUAAAGAACUGAGUGACUUAGGGAAACCAGUGUAUGUACAAAAUGGUCACAAGUUAAUCCGUGUGGAGAAUUCCAAGGAUACUACCACACAGCACACUGGUUUACCUUGUCUAGAAACUGAGGGAGUGGAAACAAUGAAGGUUUUGUCUGAGGUUGCAGUGGAAAAGGUUGCCAAUGUAUCACCAUGCCUAUGUGCGUGCCACAAUGUGAAAUCUGAUUUGGAUGAGAUGACAGCACCCUGCUCUGUAACUUCCAAGUCUUCUGUUGAAACUGGAGGCUGUUGCUCAGCUCCCCUUCAUCUGAGCUGCAAGUUCAAAAAUAAAACUAUGGGGAAAAAAGAAAUCAUCUUGAAAGAUGCCGGAGAGACGCUUUCUUAUCCUGGUCUUGAAUAUGAGAAGAGCAAAUCCUUUGAGACUGUAGAUAUGAGUCUCUCAAAAAACUCUAUUCCUCUUCACAACCAUGGUCCUGUUGCUCUUGAAAGUGUUCGAGACACUCCUGCCAAGACAGUGACACUCGCAGAAGAUAACACUGCACCUCACCCUUUAAUCAAUCAUACUCCUGCUACUUCUAAAACCAAUAAGACUGGUAUGACUGGGGCUGAUCUUAUUACUUCUGGGUGUGAAGAUUGCAACUCAGAACUUACAGCCCAUAUUUCUAAGUCAGAAGAAAAAAAUCUAGCAGUUUCUCAUUCUACCUUGAGACAUGAAGGAAAACCUGUGACCAACCACUCUGCUUUCACCUGUGAAAAAGAUGAUGUAGGCAUCACUUUUGAAUCUCCACCUGUUCAUGAAAAUAGGUGUAUUAAUUUUUCUUCCAAGAAGGAAAACAGCAAGGAGCCUAGGAUAUCACCCACAGUACUUGAUUCUUCAUCUGACAACCAAGGAAAAAUGCUGCCUUCUGCCACUAACUCUGAAAAUGACCAGAUUACUGCUUCUGAACAGGACAGCUUUAUUUUUCCAGCUGCAGAGUCUAGGAGAAUAAUCCCUGAGGACAGAAUGAACGAGGGGACACCUUGCUCAGGAGACUCGAGAGCUUUGUGCCCAGUUGGUUCUCUAGAAUGUGAGAUUAUUCCACCUAUGCUUGAUAGCUCUGCUGAUGGAGUAAAUGUAGAGGGUGUUUGCAUCCCCAGGCCCACUUCAGCUUCUCUGAGAUCCAGAGAGGCCUCCAACCUUUCUGUUUCUGCCUUGAAGAUGUCGGGUGUUGCUCAGGGGAACAGUAACUCUUCCAGUCACAGAGCUCAUGAUGGGGCAGAGGAGGCCUUCACACAACAGGCUGACAGUAGUGUGUUGGCAGAGGCAAUGCCAUCACCCAUCCGUCCUUUGAAAUCUUUGGAAACAGCAUCCGAAUCAGCCCAUGCUGGGACUGUGUGCAGGAAUGCUGUGGGACAGGUGAUCCUUGGUGACUGGGCUUCUGCUUUCUCAGAAACCCCUCCUGUGACAGGUGGUCAAACAGAUGCUGCACCUGCAGAGUCAGAUGGGCUUUGUUCUGAGGGGCAGUGGGAAGAUCCCAGUGUGAAGGGGCAAGAACAGGCUGCAUUCCAAGAUGCUGCUGUUUUGUUUAGGAAAGCUGAAGAAAUUGUGGAUUUGGUUUUACAUUUGGCUACGGAGGAAAUAAUAGCAAAACAAGCCUUUGGUGUCUACCAGCCUUGUGGUAGCAAGGAUAGUUUAGUAAACAGGGAUAUUCUAAGUUAUCAGAAUGCUGAAACUGUACAGCUGGAAGCAGAAGAAAUCCAGUCAGCUGUGCAGUCAUUAAAAGAUUUUAAUGAGAGCAGUGUAGGAGCCUCAUCUUCAUUUACAGGAAAUGAAAGAGUGGAUACAAAUAAUCAAGAUGAAAAGAUACUCUCUUGCAUCCCUUAUAAAAUUGACCUACAUAGUGCACUAGCAUUAAAAGCAAAAGAAACAGUUGAGGAGGUCAUUAACUCAGCCAUACAAAAACUGGCAUCCAGUCAGUGGCAAGGCACGGAGAGUAAAAGGCCUUCUGGAAAGGUUGAAUCUAAACCUGAGGCUGAAAUGCCAAAGACUUUAAAUGUGGACACAAAGUUUCCUGCCAAAACACAGGAACCAAGAGAGGUGAAGGAAACUUGGGGUGUAACUGUAAACUGUGAAAAGGCAGAUUGCUCAGGUCCUCCUUUCCUUCCGAAUAGUGUGGCAAAUGGCACAGAUUGGCCCCAAAGAGAUGAAAAGAUACCAAAUAAUGCCAUUACUCGUCAAGCAAAUGGAUUUCUUCCCACUGGCAGUUUAGCAAGACCAGAAUCAGAUACAGACACACAGUUCAUUGUACCUGAAUUGUCUGUUCCUGGAGAGAACAGUGAAGGGAAGCAGUGCUUCAGCACAGCCUUUGCCCAAAAUAAUGAGAAUCUGAAGCAGGCAAAAACGAGUGAUCAGGACAUGGAGAGAAAUGACCAGCGUGAAAAAACCAGUCUGGACUGCAGUGAUGAAAUGAAGGAACCAACAGAACUUUUGGCCUCUUCUCCACUAAUUGAACAGUGGGAAAACAGUUCUUUUACUAUCAUUUUUGAAGGUGCUCUUCAGACUGAGAACAAAUCCGUCUCAACUGAUGAUGUGCAGACCAGAUCUCUCCCUUCUUCUGGUUUGCCCUCAGACAAUGUGGAUCAUCUAACGUGCCAAAGGGCGAAGCAUGAGCACGAGUCAGCCUGUCCCUGUGGGCAGGACAACAAGCUGAAUGCAGCCACAGAUGGCUGUGGCUCGGAGUCGUUCCUGAGUGUGGAGGCCAAGCGCUACAGGGUGUAUCCUUUCUCCUUGUCUCCCAUCUAUGAAGACGACAGCUCCCAGGAGGACUUGCCUUCCACAGACGUGUCCCCGGAAAGCCGUCCUGGUGGAAUAUCCAAAGAUAACACCGAUCAUGCUUCCGUGCUUUCCCUUCUCCAGUCAGUCUCUGAGCGCUUGCAGUUCACUACUCGGUUCAGUGAGGAAGAGGAGGAGGAGGAGGAUGGAGUGGAGGAGGAAGAAUCAUCAUAUGAGGAAAAUAUACUUGAUGCUGAGGGAGAAGAGGACUGUCUUUCCAGCCAGUGGAGAGAGAAUUUAAAAACAACCCUUCAAUCAAACGACCAGAAUGGAUCUUUGCUUCCUGAACAAUCGUUUCUUCUUUCAAAAGAGCAUCUUGACUCACAGGAGCAACCAGAACAGUUUCCAGAUGUGGCUUCUCCCAGUCAAACACCUUGUAAAUCAGUUCCAGAGAAAGCUGAUGAUGCUUUAACACAUCCUCCUACAAGUGUGUACUACCAGUACUUGAAAUCUGCCAGCAAUUCUUCUUCUGAGAAGGGGACCAGGUUUGGAAGCAUUCUCCAGGAUAUGCUGCAGCCAAAAGUUCACUGGUCUCAAGACAACACCGUGCCAAAACUGGGAGAAUUGUCAGCGAACCUCAUUGACAGGGCAAGUCUCAAAUACAAUCCAAGACCAGGAAAGAUUGUUAUUUAUGAUACUUAUGGCAACAAAAGUAAACAAGAAGUUCAUUCUGAUGUGCCAGAUACCUCAUCGUGGAACUUUCCCAUUGGAACAUUACUUAGGAUAAUUAGAGGAUGUUGGAUCUUUUAUGAGAAACCAAAGUUCCAGGGUCGAAAAUAUGUCCUAGAAGAAGGAGAGGCUGUGCUGGAUCACCUUUGGGAUCUCCCAGGCGUGAAACAUCAUCGAAGAAACCUCACAGUUGGUUCAAUCAAACAUGUAACAAAGGAUUGUGCUGUUCCAGAGGUGGAGUUCUGCCUGGCAGCUGGAAUUACAGAGGGACUUCCUAUCUGCAUACAGGGUGCAAUUCCCAAUUUAGAAGAGCUGGAUGUUGAGAAACACCCUUACGUAAGGAUCAAGUCAGGAGUAUGGCUUGCUUACUCAGACUUUAAUUACAAGGGAGAGAUGAUGGUUUUGGAAGAAUGCGAUUCACCGUCCGAAAUUCCGUCAGCAGAUGUAAAAUCCCUGCGUCCCUUAAAAAUGGGUGGACUGAAGGUACAAAUGCCAAUGAAUGUCAAGAUAAUAAUAUAUGAGAAAACCCACUUUGGAGGAUGGUCCAAAGAGUUUUCAGAAAAUGUCACUUCUGUCCCAGCACUGUUUGCUGGCGAAGAGGAGUUCUGGGAAAUUGGAUCAAUACGUGUAAUUGGUGGAGUGUGGGUUGCCUAUGACAAGGAACGCUACAAAGGCCAUCAGUACUUGCUGGAGGAGGGAGAUUAUGAAGACAGACACUCCUGGGGGGGAGCUGACAGUGCCCUGCUGUCUUUCCGGUUCCUCCAGGCUGAUUUCAUAGAGUCAUCAGUGGCACUUUUUCAGUCUGAUGAUGAAGAUGGGAAAGCAUUAGACAUCACCAAUGAAGAAAUCCCGGAUUUGGAGAAGGCUGGAUUUGGCCCAGAGACGAGAUCUAUUCUUGUUAGGAGUGGAGUGUGGGUGGCAUAUAAGCAGAAAUAUUUCUGUGGAGAACAAUAUGUAUUGGAGAAAGGAAAAUACAAAUGCUUCCUUGACUGGGGAGGAUCCAAUAAAAUCAUCAUGUCAAUUCGACCUGUGAAGUUGGAACCACUUGGAAUGAAUGAGCCUCCACAUUUGCUCAAAGCUUUCAGUAAUACACAUUUCCAAGGAGCAUGUAUAGAUUUCACAGCAGAAGUUUCUGAUUUUACAUCAUUCAUACCAUGUUCUUUUAAGGUUCUUCGGGGAUGUUGGCUCCUGUGUUACGAAGGGGAAAUCACUGACAAUCACUGUGUGCUGGAAGAAGGGCUCUACGUUGACCUCAGUUCCUGUGGCUGCCCAGCUGCUACAAUCAAAUCCCUCAAGCCUAUUCAAUAUGUUUUUGCUGAGCCUUCCAUCAGUCUGUUCACCCUGGAAUGCUGCAAGGGCAGAGAGCUGCACUUCAGUGAACCUGUCAGCUCUGUUCUGAAUGAGGACCUUCAUUUUUACACUCAGUCGGUGUGGGUGAGGAGUGGACUGUGGAUUGCGUACGAGGGAUGUAAUUUUUUAGGAAGGCAGAUUCUGCUGGAGCCCAGUGAGAUUUCAAACUGGAAUGAACACAGUGGCUGGAAAGUAAUUGGUUCCCUUCGUCCCAUGAAGCAGCCUGCAGUGUACCUGAGGGUGAGGAACCGAGCCCAGGGGCGGUACCUGACGGUGGCUGGGAGCCUGGCAGACGUCAGAGCAACCUCAGUGUGUGCAUCCCCCUACAAUGGCAGGAACACCCAGGUCUGGCACUACUGCAGGGGGCUCUUCAAGUCCAGGGCCAACAAUGCCUGUCUGGAUGUCAUUGGUGGCAGAGAUGUGCCUGGGGCCAAAGUUGCCCUCUGGGCAGAGCAUGGGAAGGACAGACAGAAGUGGAGACUCAACGAGGAUGGAACCAUCAGUUCAUACCUCAGUGAACAACUGGUCCUUGAUAUUAAAGGAGGAAAUUAUUAUGACAAGAACCACAUCAUUAUGAAUCAGCCAGUAGAAGACAGACCUUCACAGAAAUGGGAUAUAGAAAUAUUGUAA